AUGAGUCUGUACCAGCUUCCACUGAACAGACUCAUCGAGAGACGACUCUGCAGCGACUACUACCGGAGUACAGACCCAUCCCUUAUCCAACCAGAUGGAAGCAUAGAUGAGAAACUGUGCAAGGUCGACGAGAUUGGAAAGAGUCUGGGUCGGAUACAAGGAAUAAUGGAGACCCUUUGGGUAUCUGGAGACUUCAUCAUGACGAUUCCCUUGAGUUUCUUGGCCGAGACGUGGGGUCGCCGGACUAUCCUGGGACUCAACCUUGUCCCAAGAGUCUUGAUGUUGUUAUGGGCUGUUAUAGUGGGCCGUUUCGAGCACCUACUUCCCACGAGAGCAAUUAUUGCCGGUCCGACACUAUCGGUUUUCGGGGGAGAUUGCGUCUUCAACUCCCUCACAUAUGCCCUCGCUUCGAACCUUACUGAUGACCAUGUCAAGCGAGCCAUCUACUUUGGAUACAUGAGCUCUGUCUCUUACGUGGUAGCUCUUCUUGGCCCAGCACUAGCUUCAUCCACCAUGACACUUUCUCUUUGGUUGCCGUUUUGGUUGGGCAUCUUCCUUCUUCUGCUGGCUAUCCCUGCUAUAUAUCUCCUCCCAUCUCAUGGCGACCCUGCUGAGGGUAGACAAUCACCUGAUGAAGAGCAAAGGGAACCCCUCCUUUCAUCACCACUACUCAAGGCUCAAGACGACCACAAAUCACUUUUGCACUCCACUGCAGAUCGUCUGCAGACUAUUUACACCAUCGUCACCAGCCACCCACGGAACUUUACACUCCUACUUAUCAGCUUCAUGCUAACAUCACUGGCCAGCUCCGACACAAAGCUCCUGGUGCAGUAUAUCUCGGGACGCUACCAUUGGACCUUUGCUGCCGCCGGAUAUCUACUCUCCGGAAAGGCGGUUGUGAACUUUACACUACUCACCUGGAUCAUCCCCAAGUUUCUGCGUUCGCGCGCCGAGCCUGGACAAGAGACAGCUUCAACUGUUGACAAGACAAAUGUUCGAUAUGCCACCGCCUGUCUCAUAGUGUCUGUCCUCGGAGCGUUGGGCAUUGCAGUGGCUGCUGAGAUUUGGAUACUGAUUCCCUCAUUAUUCGUCUAUGCGCUAGGAUCCGCCCUACCCAUCUUUACUCUUUCACUACUCAGGUCACCCGUCAUAUGUCCUCCAUAUACCGGUGAUGCGACAGACCCUUCCAACCCGGAGAGUCACAUAUUUUCCAUCGUCAUGCUCGUCAAGACUGUUGGCUCUCUACUUGGAGCACCCUUGAUGGCCACACUUUGGGUUCGCGGAAUUGGAAUCGGUGGCAUGGCUUUUGGAAUGCCGUACUUUGUCAGUGCGACUUGCUACAUGAUGGCAAUCUAUGUAUUUAGAGGAAUUGACGUGGGAUGGUAG